AUGGCCUUCACGAGUGAGUCCUCAUCAGAUUGGACAUGUCUUCCCGACCUCCUUCUUGAUUCAAUUCUUGAUAAAUUGGUUUCUCUCCCCGACCAACUCCGGCUAAGCCUUGUCUGCAAGCCAUGGCACUCUGUUGUGAUUCACCAUCACAGGCAUCGGCGUAUCGACAUGAAUCGGAACCAAAUCCCAUUGCUCAUGCUCCCUCCUAAUAAUAUUCCUGCUGAAGAAGGACGCAGUUUAUACAGUGUCACGGAGAAUAAAUCAUUUAGUUUCAAGAUUCCAUUCUUUUAUUGUAAAAGAAUUUGUGGGUCUUCACAUGGUUGGCUUUUCACUGUACAAGACAACACGGAUUUGGUCCUCAUCAAUCCUUUCUCCGAUGGGAGUAGUAGUCCUAUACGACUGCCACCGUUUCAAGAACUGCCCGGAAAUCAAGAUCGAAUUCCAGGUGUGUUUGAAGUUGUGAAGGCUUCACUGACGGCUGACCCUUUACUAUUUCCAGAUGAUUAUGUAGUUGUGGCAAUCUAUGGUGCCUCCAAAAGUUUGGCAUACAUUAAAUCAGGUGAUAAAAGUUGGACUCAUCUCCACAUACCAUACCAAUGGUUCAGUGACAUUGUCAGUUAUAGAGGAAAUUUAUAUGCUGUGGACCAUUGGAAUAGGGUCAUAUCCAUUGAUAUUAAUGGAGUUAGUGACAGUGCCUCCGGUGUAAAAGUACUUGCACCAAGAAUGUCAUGGUGUUCCGAUUCGACCUAUAUUGUGGAAUCAUCUAGAGGUGAUCUCUUGAUAGUUCAAAGGUUUCUAAUUCGGAUUAAAUCGGAUGACAAUCGCCAUGUGACUUAUCGUUUCAAGAUUUUCAAGUUGCAGUUCAAUCCAAAUGAGGAGGCAGAGAGGGUUGAGGUGAAGAGUCUAGGUGGUGAUGCCCUAUUCUUAGGUGAUAACCAGUCCAUGGCUGUUUUGGCUUCUGAUUUUCCGGGAUGCCGACCAAAUUGCAUAUACUUUACCGAUCAUUAUUUGAUGGUUGCACAUCCUCCUCCGGUUUACGGCCGCUGUGACUUGGGCAUCUUCAAUGUUGAUGAUGGUAGCUUCCAAGGACUCUGCAAUUUAGAUUGUUCACAAAAGCAUUUGGUGCCUGCAAUUUGGAUUUUGCCAACUCCUUCCUUGCACUGA